UAGAGAAAUAAAAACAUGGACUUCUGGACAGUUCAUUGGUUAACUCAGAACUCAGGUUAAUUGUUUUUGUAAUUUUACUAAGAUCAACAUAAACAUAAUCAUUUAUAUUACUGAAACAUAAAAUCAUGUUUAAACAAACUGAAAUAAAACAAGAAGUUAGUGAGACAAUCAUUUGCAAAAGAGAAAUAGGUAAUGAAGUAGAUGACGUUCUACAGGAUAACUUUAAAACUGAAAUUAAGGAGGAACCUAUCCAUGAUAGUACAAAUGAUACAUUUGAUUAUUUAGACGUAAAGAAAUAUCCUAUAAAAGCUGAAAUAGAACAAGAUGAUGGUUUCUCUUGUAUGGAUACUGAUGCCAGAAGCCUAUUAACAAAUCAUGAUAGAAGUGACAGUCAUUUGAACCAAUAUAUAACUUCCGCUACCAAUGUGAAGACUGGAGGACAACGUUUUAUAUGUACCAUUUGCAAGAAAUCAUUGUCAAACAAAUAUUGUUUAGAUAUUCAUAUGAGGAUACACACUGGGGAAAAACCUUUUGCAUGUGAAAUUUGCACCAAACCGUUUUCAACGAAAGCAUUCCUAAAACAGCAUAUGAGAGUGCAUACUGGUGAAAGACCAUUUGAAUGUGAAAUUUGCACCAGAAAAUUUACAACAAAGCAACAUUUACAAUCACAUAUGACAAUGCAUACUGGUGAAAAACCAUUUGAAUGUGAAAUUUGUACCAAACAGUUUUCAACAAAACACAAUUUACAAUCACAUACGACAGUACAUACUAGUGAAAAACCAUUUGAAUGUGAAAUCUGCACCAAACAAUUUUCAACAAACGGACUUUUAAAAUCGCAUAUAAGAGUGCAUACUGGUGAAAAACAAUUUGAAUGUGAAAUUUGUAACAAACAGUUUACAACAAAGCAACAUUUACAAUCACAUAUGACAGUGCAUACUGGUGAAAAACCAUUUGAAUGUGAAAUUUGUACCAAACAAUUUUCAACAAACGGACUUUUAAAAUCGCAUAUGAGAGUGCAUACUGGUGAAAAACAAUUUGAAUGUGAAAUUUGUAACAAACACUUUACUACAAAGCAACAUUCACAAUCACAUAUGACAGUGCAUACUGGUGAAAAACCAUUUGAAUGUGAAAUUUGUACCAAACAAUUUUCAACAAAACACAAUUUAGAAUCACAUAUGACAGUACAUACUAGUGAAAAACCAUUUGAAUGUGAAAUCUGCACCAAACAAUUUUCAACAAACAGAGUUUUAAAAUCGCAUAUGAGAGUGCAUACUGGUGAAAAACAGUAUGAAUGUGAAAUUUGUAGCAAACAGUUUACAACAAAGCAACAUUUACAAUCACAUAUAACAGUGCAUACUGGUGAAAAACCAUUUGAAUGUGAAAUUUGUACCAAACGAUUUUCAACAAACAGUCUUUUAAAAUCGCAUAUGAGAGUGCAUACUGGUGAAAAAAAAUUUGAAUGUGAAAUUUGUAACAAACAGUUUACAACAAAGCAACAUUUACAAUCACAUAUGACAGUGCAUACUGGUGAAAAACCAUUUGAAUGUAAAAUUUGUACCAAACAGUUUUCAACAAAACACAGUUUACAAUCACAUAUGACAGUACAUACUAGUGAAAAACCAUUUGAAUGUGAAAUCUGCACCAAACAAUUUUCAUUAAAUAGACUUUUAAAAUCACAUAUGAGAGUACAUACUGGGGAAAAACAAUUUGAAUGUGAAAUUUGUAACAAACAGUUUACAACAAAGCAACAGUUACAAUCACAUAUGACAGUGCAUACUAAUGAAAAACCAUUUGAAUGUGAAAUUUGUACCAAACAGUUUUCAACAAAGAGACUUUUAAAAUCGCAUAUGAGAGUGCAUACUGGUGAAAAACAAUUUGAAUGUGAAAUUUGUAACAAACAGUUUACAACAAAGCAACAUUUACAAUCACAUAUGACAGUGCAUACUGGUGAAAAACCAUUUGAAUGUGAAAUUUGCACCAAACGGUUUUCAACAAAAGCAUUCCUAAAACAGCAUAUGAGAGUGCAUACUGGUGAAAGACCAUUUGAAUGUGAAAUUUGCACCAGAAAAUUUACAACAAAGCAACGUUUACAAUCACAUAUGACAGUGCAUACUGGUGAAAAACCAUUUAAAUGUGAAAUUUGCACCAAACCGUUUUCAACGAAAGCAUUCCUGAAACAACAUAUGACAGUCCAUACUAAUGAGAAAUCAUUUGAAUGUAAUAUUUGUACCAUGAUACUGUAAAUAACGAGAUAGUAUCUUCCCGUAGCUCAAAUACGUCCGAGUUCGCGCAUGAUGACGUAACUGGAGACCGGAAGUUGAAUUUGAAUUCUUGUUAAAGUUAAAUGCGAUUUGUAUGCAUUCUGUGAUGAAAUUAUUCAAUUAGCAACAUAACAUUAAUUUCAAUGUAUUCGAAAAAAAUGUAGUGUCGAGAUUCAUGUUAAAAUAACUGUCAAAAAUAAAAUAUAAAAUACACUUAGCUUACAACCGCGAACAAUUCAAACUACUCGGACGUUACGAAUGAUUACGAACCAUUACGAACUUGCCGGUCUCCAGUUACGUCACGACUUCAGGAUGUGCAAUGUAUUAUCUUGUUAUUUAUAGUAUCAUGAUUUGUACCAAACAGCUGACAACAUAUGGGUGGUUCGCCAAAAUAAGCGGCAUAUUGUGUAACUCGCUUUUUUCUUAAGUCCUUUACAUACUGUGUUUUAAAUUGUGUUGCCAAAGUUAAGUUAUACAAUAGAUGAAUGUACGCCACUUAACAUUAAUUUAAAAAAAAAAGUAUUUUUACAAACAUUUUAUGCAAUUUUAUAGUCAAAAUAUCAACUCCGAGGCUGUAACUCACCUUGUUUUUUGAUCUGUUUUAUAGUAUUACACGCUGAAAAGUUACAAAAGUGCAGAUUAUUUUAUCAAUAUUUAAUUAAAAACCCAAUGUAAUUUAAAAGUGUCAAAUUAAUAACUUUCAUUUUUAAAAUUAAACCAUAAAAAUCUACUACUAAAAACUGUAACCAACUUUGUGCAUCAACACCGAGGCCUCAUGAAAAUUUAGGCCAAACUGCACUAUACUGUAUGGCAGGCAGAUUGACAAGGGAGGAACGCUUCAGUCUAACCCAAAUUGUGCAACAAAGUGGAUGAACAUAAUAUCGUUAAGCGAUAGAAAAAUUUUCAAGGUGUCUUAAGCUAAGCGUAUGUUUUUAUACAGUCAACACCGAAGCCUUCGUAAAAGCUUAAUUUUGCUAAUUUUUUAAUAUCUUUUUCUUCUAAGUAUGCGCUAUAAAGUUUUUUUGACACACGAUGAAUAAAGCAGAAUUAUUUUUAAUAUUUUGUAGAAAGUAGAAUUAAAAAUGGAUGAAAUCAUCAACACCGAAGCAAUCAACUCCGAAGCCCAGUCGUGCCUCGGAGUUGUUGAAAGUGUGUGAGUGGUCAUUCUUAAACUAAAAAAAUACAAUAAAAAUAAAAAUGUUA